AUGGUAGGUGGUAGUGGUUGUCACGUUGUUGAUGUUAUUGUGGGGGAUAAGAGAGUUGUGGAGGUUGAUGAUGGUAAUUCUUGUAGGAUUGAUUCUGUAACUUGUGAGAGUUCUUUUGUGAAUGAUUGUGAUGAUGUUGGUGGUUUGUUGCGUAGUUUUUAUCCAGAACCAGAGAGAAUUUUGUUGUCUGCUAGUUGGAAGGGGAUUAUACAUAGUGUUGGUCAAGAAUUUGAAGGUGGAGUGCCGGCGUUCCGCAUUGCAUUGGCUAAGUAUGCAGUUGAGUGUGGUUUUGUAGUGAAUUAUUUGAAGAACGAAGCAAUAAGAGUAACUGCUGAAUGUAUGAUGAAGUCGUCUACGGGUUGUAAAUGGUUUGUGCAUGGAAGGGUGUUGAUGAAUUUCGGAGUUGAUAAGGCAAGAUGUGGGUUGUUUGGUGAUUUUGCAACAUCUUUUGACCAACUUCGAUGGUACCUUGAGACGACUAUGAGAACGAAUCCGGGAAGUGUGUUUAAAUUAGAUGUGGAUGAAAGUAGUGGGUGUUUUCGAAGGUUGUUUAUGUCAUUUCAUGGAUGUUUGUAUGGCUUUCAAUUUUGUCGUCCAUUGUUGUUUGUUGAUGGUACAUUCUUGAAGGGGCGUUACAAGGGGCAUUUGCUUGCAGCAACAUCAAAGGAUGGUAAUCAAGGUCUGUUUCCUUCGGCUUUUACGAUUGUUGACGUUGAAAAUCAAGAUAAUUGGAUGUGGUUCUUAAGUCAGUUGUUAAAGGGUGUUGGUUCAGGCCGGAGAUUGACCUUUGUGUCAGACCGUCAACAUGGAUUGUUAGACGCUCUUUCAGUGGUUUUUUCCAACGCACAUCAUGCAUAUUGCUUAAAUCAUUUGAAGAGAAAUUUGAUUGACAAAUUGAUGGGACUUCGAACUAACUAUAAGCUGAGUUUGAUGAAAAUAUUAGUUAAAUGUGCUUAUGCGCCAACAGUUGCUUCUUUCCAACAUUAUAUGAAGAAAUUGAGGCAUAUUGCUGGGAAUGGUAGAGUUGAUAGUGUGUUGGAUGGUUUGCAAAAUGAUAAGUGGGCGAAUGCAUUUUUUAGAGGGAAACAAUAUGGUGAGAUGUCAUCUAAUGCUGCCAAGUCUUACAAUAAUUGGAUUGGUGGGGCCCGUGAGUUGCCUAUUACUUGUAUAGUUGAUAUGAUUAGAGUUCAAAUCAUGAUUCAAUUGUCGAAUAGAAGAGCUGAAUCUAAAAGAUGGACUACGAAAUUGUGUUCAGUUAUGGAAAAGAAGUUGGUGGACUCUUUGGAGCUAGCUAAGUCUUGGGAUGUGAUUGUUGCUAGUGAUACUGUGCUUGAGGUUCAUUCUUCUAUUUCUUUUUAUGUUGAUACUGGUAGACAAACUUGUUCUUGCCAUGAAUGGCAAUUGAAUGGUUUUUCUUGUUGUCAUGUUGUGUAUGCUUUGCGUAGUAGUAGUAAAGAUGUGUAUGAUUUCAUUGAUCAUUUUUUUCAUGUAGAUUGUUUUAGAGAGUCAUACAAGGAAUCUGUUUAUCUAGUGCCUUCAAGUGAGAGAUUUGACUUUAAUGGCGCUAGUAGUUCGAUUAUCAAACCUCCUAUAACGAAGAAGCAACCCAGGCGAAACAAGAAGAAGAUGAUACCUUCUAGGGGUGAGAAUGUGAAGCAAAUCAAGUGUGGGAGGUGCUUGAAAUAUGGGAAUCACAAUAAGAAGCCGUGCAAGACUGCUAUUUGA